AUGUUCAGAUCAGGACAACGAAAAAGAGUUACAGUUUCACGUCGGAGUGGCCUUAUCUUUCCAGUAUCAAGAAUACAUCGGGCCAUCAAAUCGCUACCAAAUGUUCCUAAUCGAGUAUCAAAAGGUGCAUCCAUUUAUUUAACAGCAAUUGUUGAAUAUUUGACUGCUGAAUUAUUGGAACUAGCUGGUAAUGCGGCCAAAGAUUGUCGUCGUACACGAAUUUCACCGCGACACAUUCUGCUUGGUUAUGCUCAUGAUGAAGAAUUAAAUAAAGUACUUCGCAAUUGUGUUCUUCCACAAGGAGGAGUACUUCCAAAUAUUCACAGCGUUCUCUUCCCUGCAAUUACUACUCAAACGAAAAAGCAAGCGACAGCAAUCGUACGAAAACCAACGUUAACGAAAAAAGGACAAGGAAGUUUUACUGUUCUUGGCGCUCCAACAUCGAAAGCAGCUGCAGUCAAGGGUACCAACGUAACAACGUUAUCUGAACGUGUUCUUAUUCGUGGACAAAAACUAACUGUCGUUCAAGGAAGUAUAGUUAAUAUUCAAGCUGAUGCAAUUGUUCAUCCAACAAACAAUUCGUUCUAUAUGGGUGGUGACGUUGGUAAAGCUUUGGCGAAAGCAGGUGGACAACAAUUACGAGAUGCUGUUGCUGAUGCUGGUAGAAAUUCGGCGAUAGCGAAUUAUGGAGAUGUAACAAUAAGCACAGCGCCGAAUUUGACCGCAUCGCAUCUUAUUCAUGUUCACUCGCCAAAAUGGAAUGCCGAAACUCAGGAUCAAUGCAUUGGUGAUUUGGAUAGAGCUACAUUGAAUAUUUUAACAUUAGCCGAUCAACAAGGCCUGAAAUCAGUUGCCGUGCCAAGCAUCAGUAGUGGACACGCUGGUUUUCCGAAACAAACAGCAGCACAAACCAUUCUUGCUGCUCUAUCGAAAUACUUUCGACAAACAGCAACAACUAAUCUCGAACAAGUAUUUUUCGUUUUGUAUGACGCUGAAAGUGUAAAUGUAUACACAACUGAACUUCAACAAACAGAAGAAAUGACAGAGGAUACUUCAAGAUCAACUGAGCUCGAAGAUUUAUUUUUUCUUCAUGCUAAUUCAACAAAGCAAUAUCUAGUUAAACUUUCUCCUACGGCUAUUUCUAUUGCUCCACACGGUGCGCAACAGAGAAAUCAAACGCGUUUUAUUACAAUUGAUGACGUCUAUGGGUGUUUAUGUAUGAAAUCACGAAAAAAUGCAAUCCAAUGCCAUUUAACGUUGUAUUUAUAUACAACGCGAAAAACGAGAGUUUGUAACACGCCGAUAACAAAACAAGAAAAGUUGCGUCGCUUACGACAAAUCUUAACCUAUGGAAAAUUCAAUGAUUUUGAAAGCAAUCUGAACGAAAUGACUAAAUGGCAUGAUUGUGUAACAAAUGCGAUUUAUUUAAGACGAAAUUUACCUCGUGAUAUUGUAAUGACAAAACGUGAUAAGCGUGCAUUGGUGUUUGUUAAUCCAGCUAGUGGUUCUGGCAAAGCCUAUCGCCUGGUCAUGGAACACGUUAUAGGUGUCUGGAGCGAAUCUGAAUUUAAUCAUCAUAUUGUUAUUACAGAAUAUGCUGGCCAUGCUCGUGAUUAUGUUAAAACGAUUCAACUCGCCGAUUGGAGUGGUAUUAUUUUAGCAUCUGGUGAUGGUCUUGUUUUUGAAGUGAUCAAUGGUCUUAUGAGUCGACCUGAUUGGCAAGAAGCACUACGAUUACCAAUCGGACACAUUCCUGGUGGAUCAGGGAAUGCCUUCAUUACAAAUAUUAUACGUUAUAGCAAACAGCCGAUCAUGAGUGCCAUGAAACAAUUUGUUGCGCAAGCUGCUGUACUCGUUGCCACACAUCAGGUGAUACCGUUCGAUUUAUCUGUUAUUCACACCUGUGAUGAGCAACGUCUUUUUUCAUUUCUCUGCGUGGAAUGGGGUAUUAUUGCUGAUGUUGACUGUGAUAGCGAAAAAUAUCGUUUUCUUGGUGAAACACGUUUCACAGUCGAAGCCAUCAAACGCAUUCUUCAUCCCCGUGUAUAUCAUGGUUACAUUGACUACAUUCCAUACGAAGAUUCUGAUACAAUAGUUGAUUUCAAUCAGAUAUCAACACAUGCAACUACAACUGACUUUCAUCGUGAUUUGUUGCCGCUUAACGAAGUCAUUCCAACUGAUUCCACUACAACUAAAUGGCGACGGAUCAAUGGUCCAUUUGCUCACGUUUUAAUCACCUCAAAAGCUUUGAUAUCAAAAGACGUUGUCGCCAGUGCAGUGUCAACUCUGUCAGAUGGUUAUCUCACACUGCAAUUCAUACGCUCAGAUGGUCCAACGCGCAAAAAUCUUGCGAAAACAUUUACAAAAAUAUCUGAUGGAAGCCACUUUGAUUACAAUUUUGUCGAAUGGAUGCGCAUUCGCGCCUUUCGACUCGUACCAAAUGAUACAAAUGGAAACCUCAUGGUCGACGGAGAAAAAGUUGCCUAUGGUCCAAUUCAAGGCGAAAUCUUACCAGGUAUUGGUCGAUGCAUGGGAAAAUUGCCGAACACCGAUCGAACAUCAAUAGAUAUCUGA